UGCGUGCGCGCUUUUUCUCGCUCUGCUCAUACACACAACUUGUAAAAAUAAAUAAAUAUACUUAUGUGUUAUUCAAAAAUAUUAAUUAAAAUAUAAUUUCAACUAACAAAGUUUUUAUUAUUUGCGCAGAUCUUUUUAUUUAAUUCAAUUUCAUAAGUGACGAAAUAAUAGAUCGAGAAAUCCGUGCCAAGUUGCUCAAAUAGCUUAAAUCUUAGUGAAGGGUUUGUAAGAGUGCUGGCCUAAUAUAUCGAAACUGGUUUUAAUGGGAACAAAAUAAAAACAUAAGAAUAUAAAAUUAUUUAUUUUAACUCUUCUAAAAUUAACAGAAAACAAAAUAAGUAGUAAAAUGAGUUUACAAUUCGAAUCGGAUGGCACACCAUUCGUAAUAUGGGCGGAACAUAAAAUAAAAUUGGAAAAAAUGCCAAUAACAGAAGAUUUCUAUGUUAAGAAAGCAAGGAGUGAAUUAAGAGAAACGCCCGAAAAUAUUGAAAAUGGCCUUAAAGAUCUAAGAAACCUUCUUAAGAAUGAAUCCAAUUUGUUUAUACCUAUAGAUGAUGACGAGUUCUUACUGAAAUUUCUAAGACCUUCCAAGUUUUAUGCUGAAAGUGCAUUUAAAAGGAUACAGGCGUAUUAUAAAUUCAGGUUAUCACACAAAGACUACUGUCAGGAUCUGUACCCAAGCAGCAUUCGAGUAGCGUUUGAUCACUCGAUCAUCUCCAUCCUUUCACCGAGAGAUCAAGAAGGUCGCCGCAUUAUGUUCGUCGAGUCCGGUGAGCGAUGGAAUCCUCGCGACGUUCCAUUGCGAGAAGUGUUUCGGGGAGUGCAACUCGGGCUGGAGGCCGCGAUGGUGGAGCCUCGCACACAAGUCUGCGGAGUCGUUGUCGUUCUCGAUAUGAAAGGACUCUCCUUCACUCAAAUAAUGCAGUUUACGCCAUCUUUCGCAAAGAUGGUUGUUGAUUGGAUUCAGGACUGUAUACCAAUUCGACUGAAGGGAGUGCAUAUUGUCAAUCAGCCGUAUAUAUUCAAUAUGUUAUUCGCAAUAUUUAAGCCAUUUUUACGUCAGAAGCUCCGUUCGCGUAUACAUUUCCACGGCUACGACAAAAAGUCUUUGCUAAAACAUAUUCAUGAGGACGCCUUGAUGAAGAGAGUGGGAGGUUCUUUACCUGAUGAUGAAAUAUCGGGUGAAGUAUUGUGGAAAAUGCUAUAUCAUUAUGAAGACAAUCUGAAGCGGUCAGAUUCGUAUGGAUACAUAUCAAACAAUAACAAAUGAAACAUUAAUCUAUGUAAUUCUAUUAUCAUCAAUGUUAUGUUGUUAAAAAUUCAUUAGAUUAUUUUAGGAUUAUAAAACUGACGUCCUUGAACUUUAGACAAAUCAGACAAUUUACGUCAGCGGCAUGAAUUAUGUAGCUCUACAAUAACAUAUUAUUUGAUUGAAAUUUAAAAACUCUAGAACCGAAUACGCCCGAUCUAUGUGGACGAGGCUAGAAAUUAACCGCAUUUGCCUGUGCUAUUAUGGUUUUCAAGAAAGCGGACUGCAAGCGGUAAAGUGGGUUGUUGGAAUUAGUAUGAUUAAGCAUAUCGCGUUGUUGAUUAAAAAACUCAAGCACGCUAAGAUUAUCGUAUCCUAUAAACUCUA